AUGCAGCCUUUCGUCUACAACGCCCUACCCGCCCGCGUAAUCUUCGGGUGGGGAACGGUCUCCAAGGUCGCGGAGGAAGUCAAGCGGCUGGGCUGCUCCCGUGCCCUUGUCUUGACGACUCCCCAUCAAGUCGAGGCGGGCGAGAAGGUCAAGGCCGACUUGGGAGACCUUGCUGUCGGCAUCUACACGAACGCGACGAUGCACACGCCGAUUCAUGUUACACAAGAAGCGCUCUCGAAGGCAAAGGAGCUGAACGUCGACUGCUGCGUCUCGGUCGGAGGAGGCUCGACUAUCGGACUGGGCAAGGCGCUCGCGCUGCACUCGCCUGACGCCGCCAAGAUCAAGAACAUCGUCAUUCCUACCACCUACGCCGGCUCCGAAGCAACCCCUAUCAUCGGCCAGACGGAGAACGACAAGGACGGCAAGCCGCUCAAGACGACGCAGAAGACGAUGAAGGUCUUGCCGGAAGUCAUCAUCUACGAUGUCGACUUGACUCUCACUCUUCCGCCCCAAAUGACAGUCACGUCCGGCCUUAACGCCAUCGCCCACGCCGUCGAAGCCCUCUGGGCCGUCGAAGCCAACCCGAUCAUCUCGAACCUCGCAAUCCAAGGUAUUGAGGCGAUCGGCCGCUCGCUGCCGCUCAUCAAGGCGGACUCGCAGUCGAAGGACGGAAGGGCGGAUGCGUUGUUUGGCGCGUGGGCUUGCGGGACUUGCUUGGGCGCUGUCGGCAUGAGCUUGCACCACAAGCUCUGCCACACCCUCGGCGGCUCCUUCGGCAUGCCCCACGCCGAGACCCACACCGUCAUCCUCCCUCACGCCGUCGCCUACAACGCUCCGUACGCGCAAGACGCCGUCUCGCGCGUUGCUAAGGCGCUCGGCGUCUCGAAUGCCGCGCAGGGCUUGUACGACUUGGCAAAGGACAAUGGCGCGCCGUACUCGUUGAAGGCGCUUGGGUUCAAGGAGGAGGAUCUCGAGAAGGCGGCGGACAUCGCUGCCAAGGCGCCCUACCCGAACCCUGCGCCGCUGGAAAAGGCCAAGCUCCUCCAGCUGCUUACCAACGCCUACCACGGUACCCGUCCCGAGUAA